ACAUGUCUUGUCUGGCAGUAAAACAUUAACAUUGUUUGAAAUAUAUGAAAUAUACAAUUUAUUCCUCCUAAUGGAUUAAUAACUAGGUUAUAUUUGUUUCUUGAUAUUCUGAACCCAGAUUUUAUAAUGAAUGAAGGUAGUGAUGUAGUAAAAACCACAAAAGUGACAUUUCCACUAAUAUUCACUGUACCUUUCGAUAACUGGGACAGCAUCCUAACCUGCUAUAGAAUCACAGAGGGCUCUUUAUCUGGAGGGUUUACAAGUGAAAUGAUCCUUUAUUUGAACAAGUACAGGUAUAUUGGUGUGCUUCUCUUCUCACUCUCCAUGAGAGACACAGACACAUUUACAGGUGAGAAUAGGCUUAGGGGUCAUAGCACAGGGUUGGCUGGUGUCCAGCACUCCUGGAACUGGAGGUUUAAUGGCCUUUAUGGGCCCACAGACAUGUGACUAUUAUGCUGAAUCUCAAACCAGAAGGUCUGUUAGGUUAGCUGUUCAAACCCAGGCAUAAGGACUCUUCACCCAAUCAGUGCUCUAAUUGGUAAUCAGUGAGUUGCAGUGAAAGCCCACAGACCCAAUAGCCCUUUCUGGUUAAAACUGAUUAGACCAUUGUAAGGCCACCUUAUAGGACACUGCAUCACAUUCUCUCCACUAGAAUGGCUCUCAUCGAUACACUUCACCACAUCUUCUUGCUCUAUAAGGCACCAUCUCCCGUGAAGGGGGCACCCUAGGGCAGCAGCUGCCCCCCCUAUUUACCCUCUGAGUCCCCCAGUGGCCUGUGCUGCUCGCUUGUUUUAAUGUUGCUGUCAGUACUAUUAACACUGUAGGUUAUAUAUGUGUCUGUGUCUUAACAUGUUUUCUUUUUCCAGGCUGAACAGCUGUAAUCUCACAGAGUCAUGCUGUGACACGUUGGCUUUAACUCUCAGAUCAAACUCCUCUCCCCUGAGAGAGCUGGACCUGAGUAACAAUGACCUGCAGGAUUCAGGAGUGAAGCUGCUCUCUGCUGGACUGGGGGAUUCACACUGUAAGCUGGAGAUACUGAGGCUGUCAGGCUGCAGAGUCACAGAGGGAGGCUAUAGUUCCCUGGCUUCAGCUCUGACGUCAAACCCCUCAUAUCUGAGAGAGCUGGACCUGAGCUACAAUCACCCAGGAGACUCAGGAGUGAAGCUGCUCUCUGCUGUACUGGAGGAUCCCAAUUGUAAACUGGAGAAGCUGAAACUCCUGCCAGCUGACGCUGGACGGUUUUGUGUUUAUCCAAACUCCUCCAUGUCGCUGUGCAUGCUGGGAUAG